AUGUCGAACAUGAAUAUCCAAGGAUCAUCCGGUCGCCCCCAAGGUGGUCAAGACAUCGCCUCCCUUUUGGCUCGCUCCGCCGAGACCAACCGAAUGCGAGAUGCCGCCAUCAUUGCUGCCAGUGCCGCCCAAGCCCUUGCCCAAGCCCAAGACCCUGAUGACUCCGAGAUGGGAGUGGAUCGCCCCCCGGCUGGAUCCACCACCCUCGAUGACCUUAUUAUACGUUUGGGUUUAGCAACCCAGACGGAAGGUUCCUCUCUCCACCCUGGCAGUUAUCUUCCCUCUUUUAAGAAGGGAGCUCUAUCUGAAAAGGUGGCCGCUGACAUUCUACACAAGUUUGUCAAUAGAGCGGCCGUUUUGAUGGAUAAAGUCAAAGCGGCAGAGAAAGUUCUGCGAGAACUGAAUGUACACACAACUGCUGACUAUUGGGGUAAACCCUUUGUGAACAACAAUCGUGUUACAUUGUCCAAGGAAGCACAAGCUUCUCUUAAUGCUGAGUACAAUCUACUCCUUGUCAAUGUAAUUCGCAAUGACAAGGUUAGUGUGAUUGCCAAGGCUCAAGAGGAACUUGAUCAAACCCUUCCGAAAAACCUAUCUGAUGCAUUACAGGCAUCAUUGGUCUCUAUUGAGACUAAUGACCGUCUUACAAUGCAAGGUAAGGACUAUACUCGCACCCUUCUUAAGGCGGCUGCACAAGAGUUUGUCACUCAAGUACAGGCGCUGAGGGUUACCGCAGAACUUGAGGCAGUUAACAAUGGAUUAAAGAAAAUCAAGCUGAACAAGACUUCCGCAAAGCGCGGAAAAGGCAAAUCACCCCCUCACAAGCGCAAGAACGAACUUUCCAAGUUCAAGGGCCCAAAAGGCCCCGCGCCCAAGAAGGGGAAGAACAACAAGAAGAACGGACCCAAACCCAAAGGACCCAAGAACCAUCCCAAAGGGAAACAUCCGUCCGCGAAGGCAGGCAACCAAAGAAGCCAAAAUGGCGCGCGCCGAAACGCAGCCAGAAAGAAGUAA